CCUCCCCCUCGAUCUCUCUCUCUCGAACCAGUUGCUGCUGUAAUUCGACAUCCCAUCAAUCAUGGCCAGCUUUCAGAGAGUCGUCAUCUCCCUCUUGGUGAUCCUCACCUUCACCUUUGUCUUCUUUGCCCAGUCUACCGAGGCUGUCAAGGGUCCCAAGAUCACCCACAAGGUCUACUUCGAUGUGACCUCCGGUGACGAGGAGCUCGGCCGUAUCGUUCUUGGUCUCUACGGCAAGACUGUCCCCAAGACUGCCGAGAACUUCAGAGCUCUUGCUACUGGCGAGAAGGGCUUUGGCUACGAGGGCUCUACUUUCCACCGUGUCAUCAAGGACUUCAUGAUCCAGGGCGGUGACUUCACCAAGGGUGACGGCACCGGCGGCAAGUCCAUCUACGGCAACAAGUUCCCCGAUGAGAACUUCAAGCUGAAGCACAGCAAGAAGGGUCUUUUGAGCAUGGCCAACGCUGGCAAGGACACCAACGGCUCUCAAUUCUUCAUCACCACCGCCAUCACCUCUUGGCUCGACGGCCGUCACGUCGUUUUCGGCGAGGUCCUCGAGGGCUGGGAGAUCGUCGACAAGAUCCAGAACCUUCCCAAGGGUGCUGGCGACAAGCCUCAGAAGCCCAUCAAGAUCGCCAAGAGUGGCGAGCUCGAGGUCCCUGAAGAAGGUAUUAGAGCCGAGCUCUGAUUCAGCUCCGGGCGGUAUGUCUGGUCCGGAUCAGCUUGCUCAAUCCCUUCUCUCGCCGCUCCGGGCCGCUGAUGCUUGCUGUCUCUAGAAAAGCUCAUUGGUUCGGCUGAGCCGGUGGCGGACCUCAAGGAAGAAGACGACGACUCGGCCAA